CGCUCUAACUAAGCGUCAUUUUAAAAAAAAAUGGAUAUAAGUUCUUCUCACAAUUAUUUUUCGGCAUGGUUUCUCAAACUUCGAAGAGUGAUUUGAAUAUAAAUGCGUCACGCGAUAAAUGUAUGUGCACCCAACGUGGCAUAAACUAUUACAAAGUUUUAUCGUUAGGAUGGAAUUGUGACAAUACGGAAAUCAGGGAAGCAUACGGACGAUGUGCUAUACGAUACAAUCCCGCACGGCAAAAGAACGAAGGUGCUGAGGCGAUUUUCGUCUUAGCAGCUGAAGCGUACGACGUGCUCUCGGAUCCACUUAGAAGGGCCGUGUAUGAUCAAUACGGCGAAGAGAGUCUUAAAAAUGGUGUGCCGAGACUAGAAAAAUUCGUGAAACCUUACGUUUAUCACGGCGAGCCGAUGCGAACCUUUAGAGAAUUCUUUGCGACUGAAAAUCCAUACGACGAUCUUCUAAAUAUUCUAACAGAACCUCAACCUCUACUUGAAUUUCCCGAGGGUCAGGGUAUAAAACAGAAGGAGGAACCCUUGAUUAAAACCUUAUUUCUAACUCUCUCGGAAAUAUUUUUCGGCGGAAUAAAGAAAAUGAAGAUCCAAAAGUUGGUUUUACUUGAUGACGAUAAGUCGAUGACGUCGUCGAUGGAGAAGAUCUUGAUGAUACCCAUUAAGCCAGGAAUUCCAGCAGGUACUGAAAUAGUAUUUCCAGAAGAGGGCGAUCAAAGUCCUACGAAGAUACCUGCGGACGUUAUCUUCGUCACGGAGGAUCGUCCUCACGAAAUGUUCCGGCGAGAGGGCUCGGACUUGCACACGACGGUCGAUAUCUUUCUGAGGGAGGCGCUGAUCGGAACAGUGAUCACGCUUAACACCAUCGAUGACAGAACUCUUCGGAUUCCAAUAACAUCGAUCGUUACACCAGAUUACACCAAAUGUGUGCUGGGUGAGGGAAUGCCAUUUCCUGCAAAUCCGAAGCAAAAGGGUGAUCUAAUACUGAGGUUCAACAUCGAGUUUCCAGUUUAUUUGUCGUUGUCCAAUAAGAAUUAUAUUAAGAAAGCCUUUGAGGUAUCUCGUACGGAUGUUGAGAAUGCCGAGUACGUUCAUCGCCUCAUAUUGGCCAACAAAAUGCUCAGAAAUGUCAACGACGACGUUCUAUUUUGACGUGGCGUGAACGAUGAAGUGAAUCGAUUGAAAUUCAUAUGUGAAAUGUGAUUUUGCAGAUAUUGCACGUUAUUUCAUAUGCCUAUUUGACGUGAUAUUCGUAUGUUUUUCGACAUCAACCUCUACAAGAAAGUAUUAAGAAUGAAAACUACUCGAAAAUUGUGUCUUCUAUAACUAAUUAUUUCAUUGUAAUAAGUAUAAUUAUGUAAUAAUUGAAUUAUUAUUUUGAGACUUACAUACACAACCUGCAUUUGCUAUGAGAAUAUUUGAAUGCAAACAUAGAUGGUGUCUACAAAAUAAAACACGAUUUGAAAAUGCAGCAAGCUAUUUUAAUUGUAC